CGUUCGUUCAUUGGCCGUUAACUAAGAUAAGUGGCGAGCGCCACGCAGCUCCAUGCGCUCGGAACAUAUUCGCUCAUUCCUCAGUACUUGUCCAGACUCCAGACGCGCAAGCCGUUAGCCGCGCAACAUCGAGCACCCUCAGCCUUCAACCGCCACUCUAACAAAAUGGUUCUACAAAUUAAUUCAGUGCUGGUCGUCGAUGGCGUCGGGUCGAACUGCACGGACAUACUCAACUCGCAUGGCAUCAGUGUGAUCAACAAGCCGAAGAUCAGCAAAGAAGAACUGCUCCAAGAGAUACCGAAAUAUGACGCGUUAGUGGUAAGAUCAGCGUCUCAAGUGACCAAGGAAGUGCUGGAAGCUGGCGCGAAGCUGAAGGUGGUGGGCAGGGCUGGUGCUGGAGUGGACAACAUCGACGUGACUGCCGCGCAGGAGAGAGGCGUGGGGGUCAUCAAUGCCCCCGGAGCAAAUGCCCUCAGCGCCUGCGAGCUGACCUGCAGCCUGAUCCUCAACCUGUCGAGGCAUGUGGUGCCUGCCGCCGCAGCUCUGCGCGCCGGCAGGUGGGACCGCGCCCUCUACACCGGCACGGAACUCAACGGCAAGACUCUCGCCAUCCUCGGCCUCGGCAGGGUCGGCAGAGAAGUUGCCGUCCGCAUGCACUCCUUCGGCAUGAAGAUCAUCGGCUACGACCCGUUCGUGACGGCGGAGCAGUGCGCCAGCUUCCACGCCACCAAGAUGGAGCUCGAACAGAUCUGGCCUCUGGCUGAUUACAUUACACUACACACUCCUCUUAUUGCCUCUACUAAAAAUUUCAUCAACGCCAAAGUCCUGGGCCAAUGUAAGAAAGGCAUCAAGAUUGUUAACGUAGGACGCGGCGGUCUUAUCCAGGAACGUGACCUCCUCGAUGGACUGAACUCUGGACAGGUUGGCGGAGCAGCUCUUGACGUCUUCGAGCAGGAGCCGCCUACAGAUCCUUUGACCUUGGAGAUCAUCCAGCACAAAGCUGUCAUUGCCACUCCUCAUUUAGGUGCUUCAACGAAGGAAGCCCAAGUGCGAGUGGGUCAGGAGAUAGCGGAACAGCUGGUGAACCUCGUGAAGCCUGGCAGCUACAGCACUCCCCUCGCCGAGGUCACCCGUGUCCUCAACAAGCAGGCUUGAACAUGGAGUUCCGUUAUAUCUCUCUGUUACAAUCUAUAUUUAAGUAUAGUUUAAUUUACUCUGGUAAAUAAUAACACUGGUCUGCAGUAUUAUUGUCUCAAAAGUAAAAUAAAUAAUAUAAAUUUGUAGACCAGUGUAAUUGCCAGUAAUAAUAUGUACUUAAUACACAGUCAAAUAAAUAUUUACAUUUAUCUAUGUUUAAUGGGUAGUAUUAAGUACAUAUUGUUACUGGUAAUAAGUUAUUUUGUUAAGUCUAGUUAGACUAAGUUUAGUUAGGUUAAGUUUGUAUUAAAGUUAUUUAGAAAUAUUAAGACUUUAGAAGAAAAGAGAUGUGUCCAAAAAUUUGUGUGUAUUUGUGUAUAGUUGUUUAAAGCAAUGAAAUCAGUGCAUGCAUAAACUUCGGAGAAAUUCAAUCAUUAUAGCUAGUUUUCAUAUGAAGCGCUUAGGGGAAAAGGGGCAAUGGGAGUCAGUGGGUAAUGGUAGUCAGUGUAAUCUCGCCCAAACGAAAGAAAUUCAAUAAGCGAAUCGGCCAGUUUCUUCAUCAAAAGUUAAAGUUAUAGUAAUGUCUCAAGUAAAAGUAACGGUCAAAUUCGUUUUUUCAAGGCUAAAGUGACAGCAAAACUAAUAAAAAAAUUGAAUUUAACCGUUACUUUUACUUUAGACAUUACUUUAGCCAUAACUUUAACUUUAACUUUUGAUGAAGAAACUGGCCGUUAAACGACUAGUCACGUAACACCUAGCGGUCGCCCGAUCGCUCCGUCCAAAUAAUUUAAAUCAGAAAUAAGUGUGAUUCCACCCUACCUAGGGUAAAACGUAAAGAUAUUUAGGAAAAGGAUAAAACUUAUUUUAAUCAUGAGCGCUUUUGCAGCAGCUCUUGGUCUUCUCCUGAUCAUCUCCUCUGCAUAAUCAGAGGAGGCUCCGAAGGGACCUAAAGUAACUCACAAGGUCAGUUUCGUAAUGAAAAUGGGUGACGAAGACAUUGGCACCAUUGUCAUCGGAUUAUUCGGAAAUACUGUCCCCAAGACAGCUGAAAACUUCUUCCAGUUGGCACAGAAGCCCGAGGGUGAAGGUUACAAAGGCAGCAAGUUCCACAGAGUCAUCGAUAACUUCAUGAUCUAAGGAGGUGACUUUACUAAAGGCGACGGAACUGGCGGACGCAGCAUCUAUGGCGAAAGAUUCGAAGACGGGAACUUCAAGGUCCGCCAUUAUGGUGCUGGUUGGUUGUCGAUGGCUAACGCUGGUAAAGACACCAAUGGCUCCCAGUUCUUCAUCACCACCACCAAGACUCCCUGGCUUGAUGGCAGACACGUAGUCUUCGGAAAAAUCUUGGAAGGCAUGGAUGUUGUUCGUAAGAUUGAGAAGACUGUGACAGCAGCCAAUGACCGCCCUGUUAAAGACGUGUUUAUUGUAGACACCAAGACAGAAGUAGUGGCAGAACCUUUCAGUGUCACUAAGGAGAGUGCUGUAUAAAUAUAAUAUUAUGCAUACAAUAAUAUUUACUUUGUAAGAUAUUAAUCGUUACAAAGUAUUUACUAAAGUUAAAAAAAAACAUGGGAUUAAUUUGUGCCAUUGAGAUUUUAUUAAUUUAGUUCACAAUAGUUAUACAAUAUUACAAUAAGGAAAACAUGCCAGCUCUAUUUUUCUUAAAUAAAACAUUGUCUUAAAUAAAACAUUGAACCACGUCUCGGAAGACCUGUUUUUACACAGGACGCAGAAAAGAUCUUGGCAGACCCCAUUAAAUACUUAUCUUCAAUUUUUUACGAAGUCACAGCUAUACAAGUAAGAAAGGCAGCAUACCUAUAUGCAGAAGAGCUUCAGAUCCAACACACAUUUGACCAGAAUGCCCAAAUGGCUGGACGUGAUUGGCUGACGUGAUUGCUGAUAAAGUCUAUGGAUUUAAAAAAGUUCCGCCAGGACAACGUUCGCCCAGCGGAAUCGGUUUUUGGUGAAUUUCUCCACAAUGGCUGCAUACACAAUUUUUUUUUAUCAUACACAAUUAUAGGACGUUAUACACUAAUUAUCUGCAUAAUUAAAUUCUUUAAAUUCAACAACAUUCCGCUGCGCGAACGCACACGUUUUCAGCAUGGUUUAUUUAAGUAUUAUGCAUGCCAUAUCGGACAUAUUGAACUAUUUAUCAUGUGACUUACAUAGGUCAUUGAUAAGGUAUUUCAAUUGUUUAAUUUAAUUGUCUAAUGGUUCCUGGAGAGCUUUUUCAGACUUGUAACUUUCCUAAUGUUGAUUCAUGCAUGUUUUUUUAAAUUAAUUAGAAGCUGAUUGUGAAUGCAUCAAUAAAUUAAUUAAUAUAAUGAAA